AUGGAUGCCCACGGCUCAUCGGCCAUGGCUAGCAGCCUCAGACAAGCCGCAUUCUGGGUUGGGCUGCGACAGGAAGUCACGACGGCAGUGGCAAGCCGGCGUUCGAUUAAAAUUACCCUUUCCCCCAACUUUGCUGAUCCGUCAUUUGCGCCCGCCGCCGACGAGGUCUGGACCCAUCGAAUCAUGAUGCACUGCGCCAAGGUCGCUCAAUUUUGCUUCGGCAAUCGUUCCCGGAGUAUGGAUGAAUACCGGAACCUAGUCAAGUACGAUGAGGGUUGGCUACGAGCUCGGCCGGCGACAUUCCUCCCACUCGCGUACAGCGAUUCCGAUACAAAUCGCGGGGAAGUGUUUCCUCACAUAUUGUAUCUGAGUCAUGCUGUUGGUUCGUUUGCCCCCUUUUCCAUAGAACGGGCAUGGCUGACGAGCGGCCUCCAAGUCGUCGGAGUGGUCCACAGCAUUCUGGCACAGACACUCCUCAUGUGCUACGAUCCGACCCCGUCGACGAUGGAGAACUCGCGAAAGGGGGCGCAAGUGGAACGUGAUAAGUUGAUACAACAGCAGGUCCUCCUACUCUGCGGAACGGCGCUCUCCAACGAGUCCACGAUCCCGGCAUUGAUCACCGCAUCGUUGGGAAUAGCUACCUUUGGUGAUAGAUUUGACGACGAGUACGAACGACAGGCUCUACUGGGGGUUUUGGUCAAGACCGAGGCUGACCAUGGAUGGCCUACAGGGCAGAUACAAAGAAAUCUGACAAGUACAUGGGGUAGGAAAUAUGCGCAAUACAAUACUUGA